GCCUGAAUCGAACCCGUCCGCUUCUGCUCCGGCCAGCCAUGAGGGUCCUCGCGCUCCUCCUCCUCCUAUGGAUCUCCACCGCCGCCGCCGCCGCCGCCGCCGCUGCAUCCAGUCAGCCGCUCGAGACCCUCGGCAUCCCUCCGCAAGAUGAGGCGUACUACAGGGGCGGCGUGAUCAAGUGCAGGGACGGAUCGGGCAAGUUCACCAGGGAUCAGCUCAACGACGACUUCUGCGACUGCCCCGACGGCACCGACGAGCCAGGGACAUCUGCGUGCCCAGAGGGGAAAUUCUACUGCCAGAACGCCGGCCAUUCUCCAAUCACCAUCUUCUCGUCGCGAGUGAAUGACGGGAUAUGCGAUUGUUGUGAUGGGAGUGAUGAAUACGGUAGCAACGGCACUUGUAAGAAUACGUGCUGGGAAGCCGGCAAGGCGGCGAGGGAGAAGCUGAAGAAGAAAGUAGCUACAUAUAAAAGCGGUGUUGUUAUUCGGAAUCAGGAAGUUGAGAAGGCAAAAGUGGCACUUGCUAAAGAUGAAGCAGAGUUAGCAAAACUGAAGGGCGAAGAGAAGAUACUCCAAGGGCUUGUUGACAAGCUCACAGAGCAAAAGAAAUUAAUAGAGAAGGCAGAGGAAGAGGAGCGCCUAAUAAAAGAGAAGGAAGAAAAGAGAAUUAAAGAAGAAGCUGAAAAGAAAGCUGCUGAGGAAAAGAAAGCAUCUGAUGCCUCUCAGGAAGCAGAUUCUGAGGAUGCUAAUGGGAAUGAGCAAGAAGGUGAAAGCAAGGUAUCUGAACAUCAUGAUGGACAUGUCACGGACCAUGACAAUCAUUCACCAGAAGGCAAGACAUCUGUUGUAGAGCAUGACAUUACAGCUGGAACUAGAGAUGAUGCACCACCGGAGACAUCUGCAGUACCUACAAAAGAGCAGGACCCUACUUCUGUCAACACUGAAGGUUUAUCAAAGGCGGAAUUGGGCCGUCUUGUAGCUUCUCGCUGGACUGGAGAAAAUGUAGAUGAUGUUGGAAAAGGUGAUAAAAAGGACCAUGAUGACGAGUUUGAUAUACCAGAACCUGCAGAAGCAGCACUUGAAGAUGAGCAUGAUAUACCAGCACCUGCAGAAGAGAGUUAUGCUGGCUAUCAUUCGGAAGUUGAGGAUGAUAGGCACAAAUACGAUGAUGAAGAGUUAUCUAAUGUAUCAGAUGAUGAAUAUGUUGAUAAUCAUGAAGAACCUGACGAGUCUUAUAAAUCUGACGAUGACCAGAAAAGUGAUUACCAUUCAGAUUUAACUGCCUCAGAGCAAGCAUCAUGGCUGGACAAGAUUCAGCAAACUGUACAAAAUGUUUUACAAAAAUUCAACUUUUUCAAGACCCCUGUUGAUUUAUCAGAGGCUUCUCAAGUUCGGAAGGAGUAUGAUGAUGCCAACUCGAAGCUGUCCAAAAUUCAGUCUAGGAUAACCUCUCUGACAGAUAAGCUAAAGCAAGACUUCGGGAAGGAGAAGGAGUUCUAUUACUUCUAUGACCAGUGCUUCGAAGGCAAGGAGGGCAAGUAUGUUUACAAGGUCUGUCCAUACAAGAAAGCUUCACAGGUUGAAGGGCACAGUUCCACUAACCUGGGGCGAUGGGACAAAUUUGAAGAAUCCUACAGAAUAAUGCACUUCUCAAGCGGAGACAAAUGCUGGAAUGGCCCUGACCGAAGCCUGAAGGUUAGGCUCAGAUGUGGGCUGAACAACGAGCUUAAUGGAGUCGAUGAGCCCAGUAGAUGCGAGUAUGUCGCCGUACUGUCAACUCCUGCACUAUGCGUUGAAGAGAAGCUGAAGGAGCUGCAAAAGAAACUCGACACCACGUCCUCGGACCUGCCCGGCCACGACGAGCUCUAAGUUGUCACAAGAAACAGCGACUCCACUACUGCAACCAUAACCAUAUACGAAAGGCUAAUGAGGAGUACAUGGAUAGAAAAAGCCUGGAACUGGAGACCGAGCUUGUGAGUGUAGCCUCGAGGUUACCGCCAGAGCAGCGCUAGUUUGGCUAGGGAGGUUCUAUUUUUGAGCGAUGUGGUCUGAUGGUUGAAAUUUUCGCAUCAAUCCUGAUUUUCUGCCAGUAGAAGCAAACUGCAAAUGGACAUCUUCCUUUGACGUUUUCUCUAAUUAUUUAUCUAGGCCACAUCUGAAAGAGACUAGCCUCCUGUCUGUAACAUAUCAGUCAUUCAUAGUGUUUCUGAAUUGUGCUGGAUGCUUGCUCUGGAUGCAACUUCUGUUACGCACUAUCGCUAAGCAUUUCUGGAUG